UGGAAAAAACAUCAUGGAUCACAAUCAAAUAUAUAAUUAAUUAAAAUUCUUAAGCAAGAAGCAUCAAGGAAAGGUCUUUUCCAUCUCUCUAUUUUGCCUCACUUUUAUAAAAGGGGGAACCAAAAACAUCUCAACACACCCACACUUUGUCCAAAAGCAUCCCCAAAUCUCAGUUCCUUGAGCAAAACCCAUCAAACCAAACGCAGAGCAAAACACAGAAGAAGAAGAAGGACAGCAAAAAUGGACUCUAUGAAGUCCUUCAAGGGCUAUGGCAAAGUGGACGAGCUCGAAGAACAAGCCUUCCGGCGGAAGGCACGCAAGCGUGUCAUCAUCCUCACUGUCUCCACCAUUGUUCUGUUGGCGGUGAUCAUCGGCGCCGUCGCCGGAGUAUUGAUACACAAGCGGAGCAACUCGUCGUCUCCCACUCCCAACUCGGCCCCCACGACUACUUUGACUCCAUCCGCUUCACUCAAGGCCGUUUGCGACGUGACCCAGUACCCGAAUUCGUGUUUCUCGAGCAUCUCUUCGCUCGAGACCUCGAACACCACCGACCCAGAAGUGAUUUUCAAGCUCUCUCUGCACGUCGCCAUUAACGCGGCCUCGAAGCUUGCUGGGUUGCCUUCCAAAUUCAGACGGCAAGCUGCUAAUGACACCCGUCUGAAUGGAACUCUGAGCGUAUGCGAGAGCCUAUUUGAAGAUGUAGUUGACCGGCUCAACGACUCGCUGUCCUCCAUGGAUGUGAACCAGGGCGAGAAGCUACUGUCCGCUGCCAAAAUCGACGACCUCAAGACCUGGCUCAGCACUACCUUGACUGACCAAGAGACUUGUUUGGACUCUCUGCAAGAUCUCAACUCAACCCUUGUUCAGGAAUUCAAGGUCGCGAUGCAGAAUUCGACUGAAUUCUCCAGCAACAGCUUGGCCAUUGUGGCUAAAAUUCUGGGUCUGCUGACGAAUUUGAACAUUCCCGUGCACAGGAGGUUGCUCGGUGUUGGAGGAUCCGAGAUGGGUUUUCCGGGUUGGGUUGGCCCUGGAGAUAGGAGGCUGCUGGAGGACAACAACGUGACUGCUGCGCAAGUGAUUGUGGCCAAGGAUGGGACUGGGCUCUUCAAGACGAUUAAAGAGGCUGUGGAGGCUGUGCCCAAGAAGAGCACAACCAGGUUUGUGAUUCAUGUGAAGGAAGGGGUUUAUAAUGAGAAUGUGUUGAUGGACAAGAGCAAGUGGAAUGUGAUGAUGGUUGGAGAUGGCAAGGAUAAGACCAUUGUUAAUGGCAGCUUGAACUUUGUGGAUGGCACCCCCACCUUCUCCACAGCCACUUUUGCCGUAGCAGGAAAAGGCUUCAUUGCAAAAGACAUGGGGUUUAUCAACUCUGCAGGACCAGCAAAGCACCAAGCAGUAGCAUUCCGCUCUGGCUCCGACCUCUCGGUAUACUACAAAUGCUCCUUUUCUGGUUACCAAGACACCCUCUAUGCACAUUCCAAUCGACAAUUCUAUCGCGAAUGCGACAUCAUUGGCACCAUAGACUUCAUUUUUGGCAAUGCUGCUGUGGUAUUCCAGAACUGUAACAUUAUGCCGAGGCAGCCUAUGUCAAACCAGUUCAACACCAUCACAGCUCAAGGCAAAAAGGACCCAAAUCAGAACACUGGCAUGUCAAUCCAAAAGUGCAAAAUCUCUGCUCUAGAUGCUGCUAAUCUCACGGCUCCAACAUAUCUGGGUAGGCCUUGGAAAGAGUUUUCCACCACAGUCUUCAUGCAGUCUGAUAUUGGGUCAUUCUUGAACCCAAAGGGCUGGAUAGAAUGGGUUUCCAAUGUUGAGCCGCCCAACACUAUAUAUUAUGCAGAGUACCAAAACAGUGGGCCUGGAUCAAGUGUGGAUCAAAGGGUUAAAUGGGCUGGUUAUAAGCCUUCUCUGACAGAUACGGACGCAGCCAAGUUCACAGUGGAGUCAUUGAUCCAAGGCGGUGAUUGGUUGCCAGCAGCUAAUGUGGAUUUUGACUCAUCCUUGUGAUCCAAGAAAUCAAAAGACUGGGUUGAGGCAUAGCUAUAAUGAAAUUGUUCAGAAAUUAAAAUCGUCUAGAAAGAAUGCUUUAAUAUUUUCUCUUUGUAACAUUUCAGUUGGUAGCCUGCAUGACACAAAUCUGUGGCACGUUGUGUGUGUCCCGUUCUCUUUCACCCUUCUUUUCCAAUUCCCCGUGGAAAAAUCAUGUACUUAAAUUCUUUUUGUCACACUUAAAAAUACGUCAAAAGUUCUGAUCAUGAAUGAGUUGAACAUA